AGCCGCUUUACCGGCUUCCAGUCCGGUCCCAGUCGUGGUAGAGCAGCUACAGCUCCAGCAGCAGACUUCACUGUGAAAGGAAACUGCUUAUUUUUUUUUAUCCCAGCUUUUGGGUCUAAUGGACAAAGUCUUUGUAAAUGCUUUUUAAGAAUCUGCACUUUGACAAAUCACACACUGGCUACUCAGCAGGCCCCGGCCUUGAGUCUUAUUUAAAGGGGUUUAACUUCACUGGUGAGCCUCCUUGGCUUCUCUGCACCUGAGUAACAGAUACUCCAGAUUCCAUCUCUUUCAUAUCCAAUUUGCUAGUAACCAAUCCAAAGGACUUCUUGUGACCAUGAACACUGUCAUGCCCACUGAGUUUGAUUUUUCUUUCCUUGAGGAGGGUUUCUCUGCUCGGGAUAUUGUUGAGCAGAAGAUCAAUGAGUCAUCCAUGACGGAUGACAGGGAUGCCUUCUAUAUCUGUGACUUGGGAGAUGUGCUGAAGAAACACCUGCGCUGGGCAAGGGCCCUGCCUCGUGUUACUCCUUUCUAUGCCGUCAAAUGCAACGACAGCCGGGCUGUGGUCAUGACAUUGGCAUCUCUAGGAACUGGCUUUGACUGUGCAAGCAAGACGGAGAUUCAGCUGGUGCAGUCUCUGGGAGUUGAUCCAAGCAGAAUCAUCUAUGCCAACCCCUGCAAGCAAGUUUCUCAGAUCAAGUAUGCAUCUGCCCAUGGGGUCCAGAUGAUGACUUUUGAUAGUGAAGUGGAACUCCUGAAAGUGGCCCGGUGCCAUGAAAAUGCCAAGCUGGUGCUGCGCAUCGCCACAGAUGACUCAAAGGCAGUGUGUCGCCUCAGUGUGAAGUUUGGAGCCCCACUCAAAGCUUGUCGAGGUCUUCUGGAGCGGGCUAAGGAACUGGGGCUGGAUGUAAUCGGUGUAAGCUUCCAUGUUGGCAGCGGCUGCACUGAUCCUGAGACCUACACCCAGGCUAUUGCAGAUGCCCGCUGUGUCUUCGACAUGGGGGAUGAGCUGGGCUUCAACAUGGAUCUGUUGGAUAUCGGCGGUGGUUUCCCUGGUUCAGAUAACACUGAACUUAAAUUUGAAGAGAUCACAGCUGUAAUCAACCCAGCCCUCGAUAAGUAUUUCCCUGCUGACGCUGGUGUUAGAGUAAUUGCUGAGCCAGGACGCUUCUAUGUGGCAUCUGCUUACACACUGGUUGUGAACAUCAUUGCUAAGAAAGUCAUCAUGGAUGAGGAGUCAGCCUCUGAUGAAGAAGAUGAAGGGACCAGUGACAGGACUCUGAUGUACUAUGUCAACGAUGGCGUGUAUGGCUCCUUCAACUGCAUACUCUAUGAUCAUGCUCACUGUCUGCCAACACUGUAUAAGAAGCCAAAGCCAGAUGAGGUCCUGUAUCCCUGCAGUAUUUGGGGCCCGACAUGCGAUGGCCUCGACCGCAUUGUCGAGCAAUGCAACUUGCCCGAGCUGCAGGUGGGAGACUGGCUGGUUUUUGAGAAUAUGGGUGCCUACACCGUGGCUGCCUCCUCCACCUUCAAUGGCUUCCAAAGACCAGACAUUCACUAUGUCAUGUCCCGCCCCGCCUGGCAACAUGUGCAGCAGAUCUGUUCUCAGGGCAUGCCAGCUCCUGCAGAGGAGUCUUGCCUGUUUGAAGUGCCAGCCUGCUGUGGCCGAGUGAGCAGCAUGGACAUGGCCACUAAGCCAUGCCAGGCCAAUGUGGUUUAAAUGUACUGCAAAAUGCAGCAAUGUUCUUUGUCGUGUAUCUUUAUUGAUUACUGGAGAAAGUUCUCCGUCUUCUCUUCUGUAAAUGUACGUGAAAUUUUCAAGGCCAGUUACUUGAUGGGAGAAUGAGAGGGACAUGUUGUUGCACACAUUUGUGUUCUGUAUGGAAGCUGGGGAUCGACCUUCAAUGGAAUGAGGCUGAAUCACACUCUGAGUGUCUCUAUGGGUUCCAAGCAGUGUUACAGGGCAACUCUGUACUUGAAUGACUGUCUGCAGUUUUCCUUCCUUUUAUAUCAGGGAAUUACUGUAAGCACUUGAUUAUAAACAUUUUUCCCUAAUUGGAAUAUUGUUGGGACAAAAAAAAUCACAAAACUACUUCAAUAUAGGUUCCCCAUGGGACUCACAGCCCUUAAAACUGUGGUAGUCCAAGAGGUGGUUACUUGUGCUUUUACUUUAAAAAUGUCAAAAUGAGUAGAAGCAGACUACUUGCUGCACAAGCAAUGAUCAGUGCUUACUGUAAACUGCUGACCCUUCAUGGCCCUGUUAACAGCUGAAGCCACAUCCCUAGCUCGUAACUCACACAGAGGUGGUUGGAAAGGUGAUUUAAUUCCUCAAAAAUGGCUGCUAUAUUAAUAUUUAUCUUUCCCAUGAUUGCCACUUCUGUACAGAACCCCCCAAGUGUUAAUCCUCAAGAUAUGUCAACACCAUAUUUAUUUUUUUCUUGUGACACGUUUGCUCUAUCAAUGCUUUUCUGUUGAUUACGAUCAAGAACUUUAUUUCUUGUUUUUAAAAAAAAAAAUCAGUCUCACAAGAGAUACUGUAUGCAGACAUCAUACUCUGCAUGUCCAUACAUCAUAUAGGCUGUGCUGAUGGGGCUACAGAAUAACUGUGUAGAGACAUCUACAUGUGAAGCAUGUGAUCUUAAAUUCAUCCCAGACUGCAGGAGCCACCAAAAACAAAUCUUAAAGUUUAACACUUAAAACACAGGGACUCAAAAAGCAGGCUGCACCUCUCCUCUUCUCCUCUUUAUUGUAUCUUUUUAUGUUUUGUAACUUGUAGAAUGCAAAAAGUCUGUUCAUAAUAUUAAUGCAGAAGCAGUGUUUAACCAUACAUUUGAAAUGGAUAUAAAAGAGACGGGAUUGCACAUUCAUAAUGCUUUCCUAUGGAAAAUUUUUGAAGUUUUGUAUUUUUUUAAUAAAUAAAACACUAGGUGCAGAACCAAA